AUGGCUUUGAACAGCGCGAUAGUUGGAGCGACGUUAUCGUCUAUAUCUAAAACGAAGUGGAUUGAAGUAGUGGUUGCACCAAUUGCAGCUCGGGUGUCGCAACUUAUUAUUUUAAGUGAGAAAGCUGAACGUAGUAACAUUGCUAUACCUGAUAUGCUGGAUGUUGUCAAUUCCUUUGUAAGCACUUGCAAAAAUCUCGAAGCAAAUGCUGUAACUUCAAUAUCAACAUCUGAUGACUCUGAACUUAAAGCUGAUAUGAGAAAUGCAUGUGAAAAAUUGAAAACAAUUGAGCAGAAUUUACUUAAUGCUGCUCAUACACUUGUACGUGAUCCUCAUUCUCAAUCCGGUUUAGCCAACUUAGUCACUAACUUUCGUGAACUCUUGGAAAGUGUUAUCAAAGUGUUAGUUACAACAGAUGCUAGCAAAAUACGUCAAAUUGUAUUUGCUGCCAAUCAGUUAAUGAACUACGUAACGUUAGUUGAAGAGUGCGAUACAAUGCAAAAGUUAACCAAAGCUUUGGUUGAUUUCACUACUAUAGUGAGAUUGCUGCUGGAUCUUGUCAACAAGCGGCAAAAAGAAUUGAUUAAUAAAACUUGUCGUGAAACGCUAGUCAGAUCGCUAAAAACAAUGCAAGAAAAUGCAGUAAUCUUAUCGCGCUUAAUGCAGUCGCAAAUUGCUUCUGGAUUGAAUGAAGAAGGAAAGACGAAUAAAGAAUAUGCUGCUGGUCAAAUUCGUGUUGCAUCUGCAGAUAUAAUACGAACUGUACAACGCCGCCAAGAUGGACCAUCACCUGAUGACGAUGAGUCGGGAGAAUUUAUAUUUUGCCUAGAUAAGAUUCGGCAGUUACUGACUGAUGCCUUCAGUCCAUCAACAAGAAGUAUUAAUGGUGAGCUUGAUCUAUAUGUAUCGUGCAUUAUUCGUGCAAGCAUGAAAGUCGCUCGUUUGAGUCGUGAAAAGAGAAGGGAUGAUAUUGUAGAACAAGCUGAAAAAGUUCUCCACGUUCGCAAUGAGCUAAACGAUAAUGGUACUGCUGCUGAUAGAGGGUUAUUCGAUAUGCGUAGUGAAAGACUGUUGAUGGAACUGCAUGACCUCAUGAUAACAGUAAAAGAAGUUACAACUUAUCAUAUUGUUGACACCUUAGCCGAUACAAAUUCAUCAAUUGAGUUGCUACUGUACGAUAGAAGAUCUGGUAUACCGAGCAACUACACUGUAACAAAGAACGAGAAUAACUUUCAAAACAUUGCUGAAAGAAUACUUGAAGUAGCUAACUGUGCUUCAUUUUUUGGCGAUUCUAUUUGCGUGCAGCGAAUUCGCGUAGCAGCUAAAGCUUUAGAAAAGUUAACUAGAGAUGUAUUAACAACUUCUCGGAUGCUGCGUGUGAAUCCUAGUGAUAAAAGGCUUUAUACUCAACUAGAAAAUGUCUGUAACAAUUGGAUGGAAAGGUUAACACAGAUGGUCACCGCUGUAGAUAAAAUAGUCGAUGUUAUAAAAUUUCUAAAAAUUUCAGAAGUAGAGAUUUAUAGUAACAUUAGACAAUGUCAAGAUGGUUUACGAAGUCAAGAAAAGGAUAUUGUAGCGAAGUAUGCUAACCAUGCCGGAAAGUGUUUAGAAAGAGCUAUGGACUUAGUUCGUAGCGUAGAGCUACCUGAUUUGGAUAACCGCUACUAUCAAAAAGUAGAAAAUAUUGGAGCAGAAAUUGAAUCGAUUAUACCGCAACUUAAGAUCACCUUAACUGCAGUCAUAAGUGAUAUCAAAGAUUAUGACCGGCAACAACAAUUUCUGGAUAUAACCAAUAGAAUAUUAGAAACUAUGAGAGAACUAUGUGCAAUUUUUAUACCUCAAUUUGCGGGCAGCAAUCAAGAAGACAGUUCACGAAGAGACAGAGCUCCUUCCAAUUACACUGAUGACUCCCCAAGGCGGUUACCUGAUCGAAAUUUGGUUUCAUCACAACUACCAAAUAGCGAAGUAAACGCUCGCGGUCCUCCAAGCCGAUACCAUACCAGAAAUAUCUCAAAUCAGCCUACCUCACGCUUGAGUCCAUCGUUUGGACAUUCGAACAUGGCGAAGCCCAGAAGUACCAACGACCAAGAUCUUUAUGAUGACAGAAGCAAGGAUGAUUCCAAAAGUAUUUCUUCACAGAAUGAAACUAUUGAAUACGAUUAUCUUUAUAAAAAUAUCAUCUCCGAGAUAGGCGAUGCGGAUGAAGUUAUGGCUUCAGCAGCACCAAAAGUAUUUGCUUCUCCAAUAUCACGUUUAGUGGAUGCAUCGGUCAAUGGUGAAGAUAUUUCUGGAAUUUGUUCGCUAAUUUCUGAUGCUAGCAAGAAAUUUCUGGUUAUUCAGACGAUUAUGGAAUUGCGGAAGCUAGCUCCUCAGGUUAUUAGUGCAGCGCAGUUAGCAGUUGUUAAUAGAAACAGAAGAGAAAUUACUGAUCAACUUCGUGUCCGGGGCCAGGAUUGGUCCUUCAAAAUGCAAGUAUUAGCUGCGGAUGUUGAUAAAUUCAUUGACGGAUGGUCUACACCAGCAACUCGUGUUGCUGCUACUGCUCAUCUAGGAAAUGCUGAAGUUCUUAACAAUCAUAUUGAUGCCUUCCAUACAUACGUCAUGAAAUUGCAGCAAAUUGCUGUUUCAACUAUCACUGCUGCUGAGGAGGAACUUAGUUUAACAUUUGGUAGCUCGUUUGAUCUCGAAGUAGACCAUCAUUCACAAUUGUUAAAAAAGCAUAUUAUAUUAAUAAGACAACAUAUCGACAGCGUUAACUCCACAAUGAAAUUGCUGAUCUCAACCGCUAAAACAUUGCAUUUACACUUAUCAGAAAAUUCGAUGCCAGAAAGUUUCCUAAUUCAAUUGGAGAUAUUACGUCGUGAGUGGGGGGUAGAAGUUAAAUCGUUGAUGGAAGCAUUUGAUGGUAUCAUAAAAGGAACCGUAGCACCAGUAGAGGCAUUGAUUUCUGCAGCUCAACUCGGCGAUAGACGAGCUGUGCACGAAAGAGCGAAAACCCUCAAUACUUACCGUAAUGUAUUAAAAGAAAUAAGCACAACGUCAAUUUCUAGUUGUGAUGAAGUUAAGAAAAUUGAAAGUUUUCGUUCAAACAUGCAAGCAAUUGAACGUUUAACCCAUGAAAUAAUGGAUCUAGCCUGGAUUGCGGUUGAAACUUCUGGAUCUCAAAAGACUAGUCGAGAAGGCUCAGCGCAUCAAGCUUCGUCAGAAAGAUUGACCUUAUUACAACGAGAGUGGGCAUCAAAAGUUCAUCUACUUUCAGCUGUUGUUGAUGAUCUCACUGCAGAUGUUUCUUCACCUGUCGACAAUUUAGCUGGAGCUGCACUUGCAAUAAGUAAAUCUUAUGGUGGCAAUCAUGGUAUGCAGCUUUUGCAGUCAUUUCAGGUUCAGGCUGACACAUUAACUGCUCGUGUAGCUAGAGUAAAAAAGUAUGCCAAUGCGGCUGUUGCUAAUUCGAAGAAGGAAGAGCAAGUAAAGUUAAUUCAUGUUACCAGCAAUUCAGUUGAAAAACUUACACCAAAGGUGAUAAGUGCUGCUAGAGGAUUGGCAGAAAAUCCUGAUCAGCUGAGUGUAGAGUGGUUCCAACUUGUUAGGCGUCAAUGGGCAUCAAAAGCUUGCUUGUUAAUACAUAAGCUUGAUCGAAUUGAAGAUGUAAAUUUUGCUGCUGUAUCAUCCACAGUUCAAGAGCUCUUCGGUCUAAAAUAUGAUAUGAAUGCGCAACAAGGACCACCAAGAGCAAGUGCGAAUACUAUCCAAGCUCCUCUACCAACGUAUCCACAACAAACUCUUCCUAUGGCUAGAAGUUCUAAUAUCGUUACAGAAACGAACGAGCCAUACAGUCGAUUAAGUGAUUUAAAGCCAUCUUCAGUAGCGUUAUCGCAACCGAAUUUGGCUACCACAUCCUAUACGACCAACCGACCAGAAAGACCAUACUCAGCAAUGUCACAAAACUAUGAUCAACCGUACAAUAAGCCCCAGUCAGCCUUCUCACCAAAUCCUAAUACGAUCUUUAAUACAUAUACUAGUAACGUGGUCUUUAAUCCCCAUCAGCAGGCUGCAGGUGUUAGUGUACUAAAUUCUGCAAGAAAUUUAAUGAGUGAUCAACCUCCUUUGCAAUCAGUGUUUAAUCGUUCAGAACAUCAGUCAGUAAAUAGCAAUUACGAUAACUCUCUUCUAAACAAUGGAAUGAACACAGCAACAGCUACCUUUUCAUCUGUCAAUCCUAAACAGAGAUUAGAGUCACAAGCUACAGAUUCUGUCCAUAUUGGUAUUACGUCAACAUCUAUCUAUCCGUCAUCUAAUGUUAAUUCUAUGACCGAUUCAAGCAAUGCCAAUGCUGAAGCUCAACGUUUGGAUACAGCCAGUGUAGGUUCUUCCAACAAUACCAAGCCGACCAUCCCUUCCACCCAAUUCCGUCAGCCUGAAAAUAUCGGCGGAUACUUGUCGUCAUUAAGGAAUCUUUCUAAAGGAACGUCAGAUAGUUCCAACGACUAUUUCACUAGUAAAAUUUCGCAGUUACCCUCUGAUACGCUUGGUGAAGACGAUAAAAAUGUGCUAACGACGAAAUUGCAAGCAAGUACUCAAUUGGAACCAAUGGGGUCGUCAAAAAUAGAUACCGAGCGUAAUAAUUUUGGCAAGGCUAGUGAUUCAAAAAGAUUCUCUGAAUUGAAGGUUAAGGGAUACAUGCAUGCGAUUAAUGAUACGUCUACAAAGGCGACAGAUAAUACCAGGUUAUCAUCAAACGUAAGACAGGAGCCUCCAGAAAGCUUUUUAAAUAAUAAGGGCGUCAAGAAAUCUGUUAACCUUAAUAGCUCUGAUCACGUCAGCGAUGGUAAAGUUAAAAAUUUCCCUGCCAGAUCAGUUGUUAACAAUCGAAUAAAGUUAACAUUUGAAAUGCAGGAGGAUAUCAAUGUUUGGGAAGAAGACGGAAAUUUUGUUAUCAGAGCCGCAAAAGAAAUGGCUAAUCGAGUAGAUCAGCUGACAAGUAUUGCAGAAAGGCCAUCUAGUACAGUAUCAGCACAUACCAUGGCUGUUUCAGCUAAAAAUAUUGCUGAAAAUGCUGUACUCAUUGGCAAAUUUAUGCAACAUAUGUCAAAUAUUUGCACUGACAAGGGCAACCAAGAGGAGUUACGUUUAUGUGCGGAUCAAAUUCAGACGAUUAGUAUGCAAUUAAAGAUGCUGUGCACUGUUAAUGAAAACUUAAGUCACUCAUUAUCGAAUGAUCACCCUUUAAUUGAAAAUUCCAAAAAUUUAAAUUAUGUUGUUAUGAAAGGAUUAAAAGUCACAGAAGCUGCGUGCCUUAAGAUUGAUUUAGAUGCGAAUGCCAGUCCUGAUGACCCCGUAAUUAGAUUAGCUAUGGAUUGGCGAAAGAAGCUUUGUUCACAAAGAAACGAGGAGGCUAUGUCGGCUCAAACUGGAGCAUUCGGCUUGCGAAGAGUUAGUAGAUCGGUAUCACCAGAUCCUACUUUGACCGAUUUAAUCCAGUUAUCUGAAUGUACUAGUGGCUUAUUGACAUAUGUGUUACUGCGCUGCAGUUUUCUAUGUAGUACUGACAGUGAAUAUAACACGUAG